AUGCGACCUCUGACAAAUGGCACCCACCUGAAAACUAUACAAUGUCUACAGUCACGAAAUGUGGCUGUAGCAUCAACUCAUGAAACUCCAAAGCAGCUCCAGGACUACAAGCCUCCAACUACAGGACUACUUUCAUAUCUUCCCAGGCCUGUGGUUCCAUAUGCCGAGCUUAUAAGACUGGAUAAGCCUAUUGGUACAUACUAUCUCUUCUUCCCAUGUCUCUUCAGUACUCUGAUCGCUGCUACGAUGGCAACACCGAUGGCCUCACCCUGGGCCGUCAUCAGUACGGGUGCGUUAUUCUUCACGGGAGCAUUGGUUAUGAGAGGAGCAGGUUGCACGAUCAAUGACCUCUGGGAUCGAAACUUGGAUCCGCAUGUUGAGCGUACUAGACUACGCCCUAUCGCUCGGAAGGCUAUCAGUCCACAGGCAGCUAUUGUCUUCACCGGUGGACAGCUCCUUGUUGGCCUCGGUGUUCUUCUUUCCUUUCCUUUCGAAUGCUUCUGGUACGCAACCCCAUCGCUACUUUUUGUUGCUACCUAUCCACUUGCCAAGAGAGUGACGAAUUACCCACAAUUCGUCCUGGGGCUUACGUUUUCCUGGGGGGCCAUGAUGGGAUUUCCAGCUCUGGGGGUUGAUUUACUCUCGAACCAAGCUGCGUUGAUUUCUGCCGCAUGUCUCUACACUAGCAAUAUUGCUUGGACGAUACUAUACGACAUGAUAUACGCUCACAUGGACAUCAAAGACGAUGCGAAAGCUGGCAUCAAAAGCAUCGCUCUAAAACACGACAAGGAAACCAAAGCUGUUCUGACUGGUUUGGCUGUCGUGCAACUUAGCCUGUUGGCUGCUACUGGCGUGGCGGCGGGUAUGGGACCAGCUUUUUUUGUUGGCUCUUGUGGAGGCGCGGCAGCUACUCUUGCGACGAUGAUUUACCGUGUCAACCUUAAAGAUGUGCAGAAUUGUUGGUGGUGGUUCUUGAAGGGUGCUUGGUUCACUGGAGGAGCUAUUACACUGGGACUGACCGGCGAAUAUCUCAUCCAAUUAUCCGAAGCCGACAAAGAGGUUGCGGACGAACGACCCAGUGGUGCGUAA